AUGGAAUCUUAGUAGAAUAAAAUCUUAGAUAUUUUGUAAAUUCAGCAGUCAUCUGAGUCCGUAGAUUACGUAAAUAAUCAAACUUAGUUCUAAUUACAUGGCUUACUGACAGAGUAAAGGCAUGAGUAGACUUAAAAUCUUAGUUAAACUCUAAAGAAAGACACCAAGGAGGGAUUAAAUUAGUUAUUCUCAGUUGAUGAGGACAUAAGUUAGAGAUUUUCAAGAUUAGGAUAGAAUGAUGACUUAGCUAAGCUCUAGCAGGCAGCUGACUCUGUUUAUAAUACUUUGAUUAAUGGAAGGAAAAUCUAUAUCUAUGGAUGUGGCGCCACUGGGAGACUAGCUAAGUAAAUUGAAUGUGAGAUGUGGAAGAGAUUUUAUGAUAUUUUGGAGAAUAAUGAGAUAGUGAAUCCGAAAUUAAAAGAUAGAUUUCCUUCAAUUAGUCUGCGUAAUCAAGUAAUAGGAGAGUUAACAGGAGGAGAUAGAGCAUUAGUUAGCUCUUUAGAGGGUUUCGAAGAUCUACAAGUAAUUGGUCACCUUUAAUAUGAAGAUAACUAGAUAUCAAAAGGAGAUUGUGUAUUUUCAGUUACUGAAGGAGGUGAAACCUCUUCAGUAAUUGGAACGAUCCUUUAUGCAGCUUAAUAAUACGGAGAUAUAAAUUAACUCUCAGAGGAUUAAGUACUCGAGGCUUAGAGACAUCUAUAUUAUAUCUACAACAAUAAUGAUGAGCAUUUGACACCUUUUGAUCGUUGCAACAGCGUACUCAAUAAUAAGCUUAUCACAAAGAUCUCCUUAUGCACUGGCCAACAGGCUAUUGGAGGCUCUACUAGGAUGCAAGCUUCAACUACUAGUUAAUUUAUUGUGAGUAUGCUUCUAGAAAAUGCUAUGCACAGAAUAUUAAGCGAAUUACUAGAUUAAGGUGAGUUGAAUGAUGCUGGUUUCUAAGUUGGCCAAAUGAGUUUAAGCGAUUAGAUUAUAAGUUUCACAAAAGUUCAAAGCUAAAUAAAAAAUCAUAUAAAUGACAUAGCAAAAUUUACUGAGCUAGAAUAUAAUACCUAUGCUAAUGGUGGUAGAACAUACUAUUUCGCAUAACAUGCUAUCGUGACUAUAUUUACAGAUAUGACAGAAAGAAGUCCAACCUUUAGUCUUGCUCCUAUUGAUAGAAGUGAUGCUAAAGAAGUCAAGUCAAUUGCUUAAGUCUUUACAAAUGUUGAUAAUUAAAGCGAAGCCUGGGUGAGACUUCUUGGCAGAAAUUACCGUGGACUUUCACACCCUAAUUAUCGAGAGAAAUUCGAGGAUGUCGGUAUUUUAAGAUAAAAAGCACUUGAUAGUCUAGCUUAAGCUGGACCUGAUUAGGAAUAAUACUAUGAUUUUUCCUUUUCAAAGGACAAUAGAGAAUUUUCUCUUCCAACAAGUAAAGACCUUGGUGUACUUGUAUUGUUUGGCUAUGAAAUAGAAAGACUAAUUAUGCAUUAUAAUAAUGGAAUACCUAUUUCUGAUGAGAAUAAUUACAAAAAUAAAUCUAAAUAUGAUACAUUUAUCAGAGAAUAAAUGUACAAAGAAUGCUAAAUACUUCAUGUAAACAUUGGUGAUGUUUAAGAUCCAAUGUAUAUUAGACACUCAAUCGCACUUAAAAUGAUUAUGAAUGCUCAUUCAACUGCCGUCAAUACUAAAUUCGGUAAAGUUGUUGGCAAUACAAUGAGUAAUGUUAGAGCAGGCAAUCUCAAGUUAGUUGGAAGAGCAACAUAUCUGACACUUUCUCAUGUCAAUCAAAAUCUUAAAAAAAUGAAUGAAAGCACUUAAAUUACUUAUAGCGAGGCCAAUGCUGUAUUAUUUGAUGUGAUGGAUUAUUUAAGCAAAAAUCCUAAGAUUACUGCAGAAUCACCAGUUCCAACUUCAAUUAUCAGAAUACUAGAAGCUAUGAAGAAGUAGACUCAUAUUACUAAUGAAGAGGCUUUUGUAAUUAAAUAAGAAUUAGGGCUGGCUGAUUACCUUGAAAAUUAUGCAUGA